ACGUUCCAGCAGGCGGGCCAGAUCUCGCAGUUCUGGCUCUUCCAGGAGCGGAGCGGCUACUCCCGCGGCAUGGGCGUGGUGCAGUACGAGACGGCGCGGGAGGCGAGCCGGGCCGUGCAGAGGUUCUCGGGAGCGGAGGUCGGCGGGCGCGUGCUCUACGCCAAGCUGGACGAGCGGGGCCUCCUGCAGCAGGCGCAGGCCGCCCAGGUCGGCCAGGAGCACGCCGAGUGGGACGGCGGGUGGUCGGGCGGCGGCAGCAGCAAGGGCUACGGCGGCUACCAUCGGGCGGGAGCAAGGGCUGUGGCUGGAGCAAGGGGUACAGCAGCAGGGGCGGCGGCUACGGCGGCUACACCGGCAGCUACGACCAGGGCGGCUACGACUCCAACAAGGGCGGCUACGACAAAGGCGGCUAUGACAAGGGCGGCUACUCGAAGGGAGGCAAGACGGUCGCGAAAG